UACUCCCUGUGCUACUGUUGUUUCAAUAAAGUCGUUAAAAAAAACUUCCUGUUUGGGCUACAUUGUUCCCCGCAUCCGGUUCCGGUACCAAAUGAAAAUACGGUAGCACCGAGGAAAGAAAAUCUUGUUUUAUCGCUAUUGGGCCCACAAUGUCUGUGGCCAUGAGUUCAACGUGCCCAGGCCUGUACUGUGGCAGGAUGAUGGUUAACGGAUCAGUGGAGGGAGACUGUGGUGUUUGUCCUCGUGGAGAGCGGGCCAACCUGCAGAAGGUGUGUGAAGGCUGCACUGAGUCCCCUGAGCUCUACGACUGGCUCUAUCUGGGUUUCAUGGCCAUGUUACCACUAGUGCUGCACUGGUUCUUCAUCGAGUGGUACUCAGGAAAGAAGAGUUCCAGUGCUCUGCUGCAGCACAUCACAGCCAUGUUGGAGUGCAGUGUGUCCGCUGUGAUCACCUUGCUGGUCACAGAGCCGGUGGGAAUGCUCAGUAUCCGUUCCUGUCGAGUCCAGAUGCUGUCAGACUGGUACACCAUGCUGUACAACCCCAGUCCGGACUAUGUCAACACAUUACAUUGCACCCAGGAGGCCGUCUACCCACUCUACACCAUUGUGUUAAUCUACUAUGCGUUCUGCUUGGUGCUGAUGAUGCUGCUGCGUCCUCUGUUGGUGAAGAAGAUAGCAUGUGGUCUUGGCAAAUCUGAUCGCUUCAAGAGCAUCUACGCCGCUCUGUACUUCUUCCCCAUCCUCACUGUGCUGCAGGCUGUGGGAGGAGGACUCCUCUACUAUGCGUUUCCUUACAUCAUACUGGUCCUGUCUCUGGUCACACUGGCUGUUUACAUGUCUGCCUCUGAGAUACAGUCUUUUAAGAACCUGGUUGCUAAGAAGAAGCGUCUGGUAGUCCUGUUCAGCCACUGGCUGCUGCACGCAUAUGGCAUCAUCUCUAUCUCCCGAUUGGACAAGCUGGAGCAGGACCUGCCACUGUUGGCCCUCGUGCCCGGUCCCGCCCUGUUCUACAUAGCCACAGCCAAGUUCACUGAGCCCAGCCGCAUCCUGUCUGAGGGCGGCAACGGACACUAAGUGCAUUUACUGAAAAAUCCAACAUCGCCAAAAUUUUACUAACUGCUACAGUCAAAUCUUUCAGCUUCUAGCACUGAGCAUCAGUAGACUGACAGCAGUGUGUCUGAACGGGGUUCAGUUUCUGGGCUAAUGCGCUAAAACUCAACCAGCUAAUGGCCAUAUAGUGACGACAUUAUAAAAAUGAUGUUCAAGUACAUUAACAGUUAAAGUUGGACAGUAAGUGAUAAAUACUCCUUUAUAUUAAAUUAAUGUAAUUCCAUUUCAUGAUAAAUGAUGUUUCCGGAUCAGUUCACACGGCUCAGUGCCAUCUUAUUUAAACAGUUUAACAUAGAAAUCUUCUUAUGGGUGUAUGACUUUAUGAAGACCAGCAUUUUACUCUUUGCAGUCCAAGUAGAGAACUGCUCACUGAACAGUUCAUGCGAGCAUGGUUGCAACCAAUGUUUCUAUUCAUUCUAAGUAGAUUCAUCUUUCAACAAUUUUUUAAUUAAUUCUCCUAUAGUCCAUAAAAAUAAUGACAAAUGCUUAUGACAAAUUAACACAAGGAAUCCAAAGUGAUGUCUUUAAAUGACUUAUUUAUUUUGACCAAAACCAAAGAAGCUUUACAGUGAUACAACACAGAGCAAAUCUGCAAACACUCCCAGCGGAGAAGCUGCAACUCGACAGUGUUUGGUAUUUUAGUUUGAUAAAUGAGCUGAACAGUUCAUUGAUUAUUGAUGCAUUUUCUUGCACUACAUCUUACCUAGUUCAAAUCCUGUUUUUGGAGAAUCGAAUCCUAAAUGCACUAUUCCCGUCUUACCUGCCUGUCUGUUUAUUAGACAUCAUCCCAACGUGUGGCGAGAGACGUGUUUUACCAUUUUUGUGCGUCCUGUGCAUUUUCUUGUAAAUACAAUAAAUGUUGUGAAUGGAGAGUGAUGGUGGCCUGGUUGCUCACACCACCUCAGGCUGUGGUGAAGAGCUUCACUGGGCCUCGUGUAUGUUUCCUUUUAACUGAUAAAAAAUCUCCACCAGCUCAGUGUAAGAGAAGCACACCUCAGCCUCCUGCAGCCAGCUGAGGCCCGGUUUGUGCCGCACAUGUAUUGCCAUUACACUGGAGUCACACAGCCGAGCAUCCUGGUAAUCUUUGAAAAAUCCAGUUCUGAAGGUGUUUCCAGAAACAAACAAGAAACACAUUUUACGAGUCAGAGUCACAGUAUGUGGUACAACUUUGUGGAUUUUUCAAAAAUUGCCAGGGAUUUCUCUUUCCAACUAACACUAACUCGUAUGGUAAUAUAUGACAGGCAAAGCUCGGGUUAGGUGAGGGGAAACAUGUCAAUAGUGUCACUGCUGUGUAUUUUACUGAACUUAAUUGUAUUUGUCGUAAAAAUCCAAUAAUACACUGACAUACACAGAAGCACCUGUCUGUUAUUUUGGUGCUAAUGUAAUGCUCUUUUGUCCUCUGUGUCCUAAACCAAGCUGUAAUCCUUCAGUGGUGGUUGAGUUGAAGCUGCUAAUGUACUGUGUGUAUAUUACUGUAAAUAUAUAUAUGCUUGUAAAUAUUAAUGCAUUUGUGUUCAGUAGCAUUUGCUACAUGCACACAAACUCAAAUGACAGUUUAAUGUUUCACAGCAUUAUUUAAAGUUCACUGUACCUACCUGUAUAAUUUUAAUGUAACUAUUGACUCUACGUGUGUUAUUGAGUCUGUGUAGUGAACCCUGUCAGCAUGAGCUCAGACCUCAAGUAUUUAUAUUUAGGAGUCACUUAAGCAUGUACCUGCUGUCGAAGUCACACAAACAGCGCGGUCUCCUGAUCGCAGAGAUGUUCGCAAUACUUCUGGGGACAGAAGACAUUUUACGGCCUCGUGCGAAUCUAAUCCAGCUCCAUCCAAGACAAUAUGCAGCGCACACAUAACCACUCCAGGAGCCAGUUUCCAGAAGCAGCUUUACUCGGUCUCCCAUCAGUCCAUGUUCCAGAGUCGAGGGGUUUCAUUUGGCAAAGCUAACCACACAACUCCGUAAACCUGCUCCUUGAAACGUUGGAUGCUUUUGCUUGUGUAACUAUAAUCUUAUUAUGUAGGUUUUCAGCACUUUGUGUGUUAGAAAAUAAAUUGUAUGUGCCAAAUGUGAACACA